UAAAGCUAAGAGGGUAUAAAAUGACAGUUCAGAAAUAAACUAACCAAAUGAACCUCAAAAAAACAUGAAAAAAGUGUAAGCAAAAGAGAUCUGGGUCUCAGGAGGUUAUAAUGAAUUCACUGUGCUUUGGUGCGCCAGUAAUGGCUUUAUUUACAGAACAAUAGCGCCUGAUGAAACCAGAUUAUAGGAUGCAGGCUAAAGUUCUUCAGGUCAAAUGUAAAACGACCCUUAUCUGGUCAUUACCGGGGUAAUUACCGACCUCCCCCCUGAAAGUCCUGAUAGAGGGUCAAAAGACCCUGAUUACAAAAACUGAGAUUAGCAUCCCUUCUUCAAUUGUGAAUGUGGCCAUUGACCGUCGGGCCAGAAGGUGGGAGUGGAAAAUGCUGUGGAGUAUAAAUAGGGGACUGCUUCACUGUAGUCCACAAGAAACAAAAUGCAGAAGAGGCUCUCCGCUCAGCAGGCAUUGGAACUGAUUCAGAGCAGUGCCAGCCCUUGGGAUUCAGAUGGAGAAGACAUCAACCUUCAACUGGAUUCGGACUCUGAGCUGUCUUCAGAUGAGGAGACUCUCCCUCCACCUCCACCACAAAAGAGAGCUCGUUUGGGGAGUGAGCCGUCAGAGACAGCGAAAGAUGGCACAAUGUGGCGUGAACAGCAAGUGGGGACACAUCUCCAUGUCACUCCUAUAGAGCCAUACGCCACAGAUGGAGAGCCAAGCGCUAAGGCCAGACGAAGUAUCCGGAGUCGCAUUCAGAGCUUCCUCUGUUUCAUCACCAUUGGCAUGCUUCGUAGCAUUCAAGAAUGGACUACUCAACAUGCACGUCACACGGAGCAGCAGGAUUGGUUCAUGGGUCUCCCGGAACUAAUGGCAUUUAUUUCCGUCGUCAUCUUGCGGGGGGUGAACAAAGUACCAUCACUAGGUGACAGCUGGUCAGCAAACCUGGGAAACCCAAGGAUCAUUGCAACUAUGGCCCGAAGCCGCUUCAAAAACAUCAUGCGACACCUACGUUUUGAUGACAUGCUUACACGCAGAGAGCGAGCGGAGACCGAUAAGUUUGCUGCAAUCUCCGAUGUUUGGGGAUCGUUUGUCACCAACUGCAUCGUAUCCUUCAACGCUGGUCGACACAUCACUAUUGAUGAACAGCUUUAUCCAUCAAAGACUCGCUGCUGUUUCCUGCAAUACAUAGCAACAAAACCGGACAAGUUUGGCAUCAAGUUUUGGGUGGCUUGCGACUUGAAGUCAAAGUAUAUCUGCAAUGUCUUCCCAUAUCUCGGCAAGGACCCCAGUCGUCCCAGCGGGGAGAGACUGUCCGAGUCUGUGGUGAUGAGGCUGAUGGAACCGUUCAUGGACAAGGGCAGAACUGUAACCAUGGACAAUUUCUUCACAUCACUGUCACUUGCACAAUGA